AUGUCUUAUUAAUUUGGGAUCAAUCAAUUAUAGAGUACAACAGUUCCAAAUGCAAAAUAUAAAACAAUUCUUUGUAGACAUUAUUAAGGUAAUGAUAUUAAUUUAAUAAAAGCAACAAAAUAAUGUGCCAUAGGUCCAAAAUGUCAAUUUGCUCAUGGAAUUGAAGAAUAAAGAUAAAUGAAUGGUAAAAAAUAUUUAAAUAUAAUAAAAAAAAGAUCCUUUACCUGCUUCGGCACUUUCAUCAAUAACUUCUGCUCCUUAAUCUACAACAAUUGAACAAUAAUAAAAAAAUUAAUCACCUUUGUUUAAAAGUAUAAAAAAUCAAUUAAAUAAGUACCUUGUAAAUAUCAUCAAUUAAAUUUUUGUAAGAAUGGUUCAGGAUGUCAAUAUGUGCAUGGUAUAGAUAUAUUAUGUAAAAUCAAAUAGAUUCUGAGGUUUAGAUACAACCUUCAUAAUAAUUAUAGCCAUAACAAUAACAAUAAUAAAUCUUAUUAUUAUAACAACAAUAAUUGUAAUAACAAUAAAUUUAAUCACAAUAAAUGCAAUAACAACAGUAAUAACAAUAAUCACUCUAAUCAUAAUAGUCACUGGAUCCAAUGUCUGUAACCUUGACUUAUAUCUUGAUGGAAAUGUAGCAAAUCUUUGUUUAAGAAGUGACAUUAUACAAUUAAAUAUAGGAUUUACAAUAAAAGAUAAGGUUUGCAACUGAAUAAGCCAGAUAAGGAAAUUGUGUAUAAGCCUGUGACUAGAUCAGAACCAUAAUACACUCAUCAGACAGAACAGUUGAUGAAAUUCAAUAAUAUACAUUGUUAUAUAAUUAAUCAGUAGCAUAUUACAAAUAACUAUUAUAACAAUGA